GAUUCAUGCUGGAAUAAAGAGGUGGUUGGAGUAGUUGUCGAUUUUCUGUCUGGUUUUUGUCCAUGUCCGUUAGCCAUCAACAGAAAAAUGGUCUUCUAUUACUAUUACAAGCUGCCAGGAAAUUGGAUGAAGAAGAAACGUUACAUCGAUAUCCCUAUAGCACAGAGAAAUGGGAACAUAGAUCGCAGAGAAAUUACGAUGAAACACAUUCAUCAUACAACUAUCCCCACAGUUACAGCUCGCAAAAACGGCCAGUCACAUCUGUGAGAUGUACACAUAACGAGCUUGAAAAGAGUCGGUAAGUUCAUAAAUGAAAGUGUAAACACAUCCUGUAGGCGUGCUCAUCUUCGAACUUGUAUGGAGACCCUAAAAGAGCGCCUAAAUUUCGACAAUGAUGUUCCAAGGAUAACAAUGCUAACGGUUCUUAAAAAGGCAACAGCUACCAUUCAGCUUUUAAAACAGAAGAAGCAAUGUCUAGAGAUCUAUGAAGACAGUGAAAAACAGAGAUGUGUUCAGUUGCUCAAACGACGCCAAGCUCUUAGAAAAAAGUUGGAGGAAAAACGAAGUCGUUCAUUAAAACUUCAGAGCUGGAAAGAAAGAAAUCGCAAUUGCUCUGAGUGUUCUAUUGCAACUACAUCUUCAGAUGACUCUGAAAUGGAUUCACGUCCGGGUUCUUUAUCACACAUAACUACACAGUCUUUAAAUAACAAUACACAACUAUCCAAUACAGCAGCAGCAGGUCUGAAUACAUGUGUUAAUGAUCCAAACUUUGUGUUGCACAUAUCUAAACACACAAGUCUCAGUUCGCCGAUUGGCACUACGAGCAGUUCACCUGUUGGUUUGGAUACUUUUGAUGCAAGUAGUUCAGAUUCAGGAUUUGAGGAAAUCACUAUAUCUUCAAAUGGCGUUAUGUCUCCUAGUGAAAACUCACUAACUUAUUGUAUUAAUGACAGAUCUCAAUGUGUAUCAGUAUAUCCGAACAAGGUGUGCAGGGAUUGCUAGAUAUGUUCGAUUUAUAUCCAAUCAUCUUGUUAUUUCCUUCAUCGACUGUUCAUUUAACUCAGAAUUUUUCAUUUGCGUGCAUCAUAGUCAAUGCUGCAAAUUGGACAUUUUGACGGCUUACAAUCACAUCGUGCCAAUCAAUUUCCUCAUAUUGUAUUCAUUGAUAGUUCAGUUUAUUUAUGUGCUCAAUUAUCUGGUCCGGAUUUUUCGCUUUGUUAAAAACGUCAUUGAUUUGUAGCAGCUCAACAUUUAUCUUAUAUCAUCAUCAUACAUAUUCUGAACUUUAUUUAUUUUCAGUUGUCGAUGCCGGAUAUGUCUUUCAUGAAUGAGUCAAUAUGCUUCUGAAUCUCGCACUGUACGCAAAUUGCUGAAAUUUCUUGAACGAUUUCGUCAUGUUCUUUUCCAGCU